AGAGAAUUCACUGUACUUGGAAGAAAGUUACUUUUUCAUUUAGGAAGAUUUCAGAUGCUUCAUACUUGAUUUGCUUUUUUUGCCAGCGCAAUGAAGGAAAUGUCCUGCUUCUGCGUGACUUUUUCUUCCUUGUUGGAACAGAUGGUGAAAGCUUACAAAUACAUGACUGGUAUUUUUUCAGUGACUCAUACCUCAGAGCAACAGGCUUCAGAUCGUGAUAAGCAGCCAACCAAGAUGGAUGUGAGCUUACUUGAGAAGCAGUAUGACCAUAUAAAACAGAAGCAAAAACUGCAGUCACACAUUAUUGUAUUUAAAACAGGUGAACAUGAAUCUCUUCUCCCAGAACCAAUGGUCAAUUCUGUUUUAAUUAAUAAAAAAGUUGGAAGAUCAAAGUCAUUUACAGAGGGUGUUCCUGUCAGAAAGGUCAGACUGGAGAUGACUGGCAGUGGCAACGUGCUAGACAACUCACCAUGGCGUACCCACCUGGGAAUUCACCGUCUGGCACAAGCCCCUUGUCAAGGAGUUCCCUGGGAUCCUUCCCACUGCAAGAACAGACCCUGCAGUUUUGACAAUCAGAGGCUGAUUUCAAAGGGAAACGGCACACUGCAACACAAGGAAUUAGAAGGAGAAAGCAAACAACCUGUGCUCAGCCAGCUGGGAAGCUCAAGCACGUUGAAUGCUGGUUUCAGCAAAGAGAAUGGCAGCAACGUUUCAGGCACGUGCCAAAAGCCUUCUCUGAAGUCAGCCACUGCAGCAGUUCAGACACAUCAACAUAUUUCUUCUACAAAAUGCACGCCAGCCUGCAGUAAACUGAACUUUUACCCUUUCCCUAUAAAAAAGGGCCCAGAAUUUCUGAAGCAGCAAGGAGGCUUGGAUUAUAUGUCUCACAAUGAAGACAUUCACUAA